GAGAUCAUGAGUUUAGAAGGGAGGAAAUUAGGCAGGAGGAACAGAGAGCCCCACCGACCAUUACUGAUGUGUGGGAAACUGUUAGGAAGUUUAACCCUCCUACGUUUGAUGGUAACCUUAAACCAUCCGUGGUAGAGGAAUGGGUGAAGAGACUCGAAUCCAUCUUUCGAGUAGUCACAUGCACCAGCAAUCAAAAAGUACAAGUAGCAUUAGUGCUCCUAGUGAAAGGAGCAAGAGAUUGGUGGGAGACAGCAGGGUCCAGGGAUGAUUCUACACUCACCUGGGAGGAAUUCAAGGAAAAAUUAUUCAGGCAUUACUUUCCAUCAGAGUUAAGGUCUGAGAAGGAAGCGGAAUUCCAUGCCUUUAAGCAAGGAAACCUCGAUGAAGACACAUUCAUUGCUAAGUUUCAGGAGUUAUCUAGAUACUCCACGUACCUGCAGUAUAGGGAUGAUUCUGAAUGGAAGGCUAAGUGCUUAUUGGAGAAGGCUAGACCAGAAAUGAGGGAACAAUUGGCUCAUCUAGAUAUCCGAGAUUAUGAUGAAAUGUGCAUAAAACUACAAGUAGUAGCUCGCAGUAAGAAGGAGGUCGAGAGAGAGAAGAGGGGUUAUUCAUAUAGUAGACCCCCAACCUACCCUCGACCCACCGGAGGCAUUAUGAAGAAAAACCAUCAGGGUUCGAGUAGCUCAUGAAACCAAGAAAGGCAAAAGGAUCUAUUUCAAAGGGCCAAGGACAGAGGAGCUAUCAUAGUAGUUAUCACGGGUCACAGAGGAGCCCAACAAUAUCUACCCCUACCCCGAGUACAGCAAACUCUCAGCAGUGCACUAAAUACGGGCGUCGUCAUUUCGGACAGUGCUGGGUCUGUUACAUUUGUGGGAAACUCGGUCAUAUUGCAAAGUUUUGUGGGGACAACCAGGGCUCAAAUAUGAAGAACCCUUCCCAAUAUCCUACUAUCUCUGGCCGUGUAUUUGCUCUUACUCAGGACACCAUGAACUCCCCGGAUGCCAUUAGAGGAGCGAGUCCGGCCGAGAAAGCACCAGAGGCGCUAGUUCUACUCAAGACAAGGGAAAGCAUAUGAGGUUUAGGAAUUAAAUUUCCUACUGUAAUGCCUCAAUUACUCUUGGUUAAUAUGUAAUUGCCUUGAUAUUUUCAACUAAGAUGUUUAUAUUUUAUUGUACUUGCACCAUUAAAUAUUAAGUAUUAAAAUGUGCAUUUUGGGUCCUAGUAUGUGUGAUAUCUUUUUAGUUGAGAUAUUUGUACAAGGCCAAAAUACUUGUACAAGUAAGAAGUUAGUAUAUUUGUGAAUGAUGGUGAUUUAGAUGUAUAAUUAUAUAU